AUGUCGAAGAAACCAGAACAAUUAAUUAAUUUAUAUACGCAUAGAAUUGCAACUGCAGAUAAAUCAUGUUUUAUAUGUAAUAAAUUUACAACUUCUGUUUUAAGAACUGACAAUGGACUAGAUUGGUUUUAUACCUGUGAAAGUCAUUUAAGUGACAGAGGAUUUGCUUCUCCUGUUCCGGAACCCGAACCCGAACCAACUAUUGAUAUUCAACCAACAAAAAUAAAAGGAUCGCAAAAAGAAGAAAGUGCAAAUUCUAAAUCGGAUUCUGAAGAAGUGAAAGAUAAAUCAAAAGAAUCAACAAAAGAAGGAGAAGAAAAGGAAAAAGAAGAAAAAAAGGAGGAAAAGCAACAGGUUGCAACUCCUAAACCUUUAAUUAAACCACAACCACCCAAACCAAGUAAACCUAAACAGUAUGUGUUACAUAGAAGUAUUUUUUAUUUGAGACAAGACAAUUUAAAUAAAAAACGUCAAAAAGCGGAAGCUCAGAAUCUUUUAAGUAAAUUACCGAGUGUGCCUAAAACUUUGCAGUAG